AUGGGACAGGUGGCCUUCGCAGACGCGACGCGACGCGACACCCGGCGCGGCGCGAACGCGGCGCGGCGCGACGCUGGCGAGGCGCGACGCCCGGAGGAGGACGCAAUCCCAGAGGAGCAUGACCAGGAGAGUCAGGUGAGGAUGGAGCGGCAGUGGAGGUUUCUGAGGAACACCCGCGUCAGGAGGCAGAGCCGAAACAUCACACACAAAGGUGUUUCCCGUCUUGAUGAUCAAAUAUUCAUCAACCGCAACCCUGGAGUACCAUCUGUUGUGAAGUUCCACCCCUUCAACACCUGCAUCGCCGUGGCCGACAAGGACAGCAUCUGUUUCUGGGACUGGGAGAAGGGCGAGAGGCUGGACUACUUCUACAACGGAAACCCUCGCUACACUCGCAUCACCGCCAUGGAGUACCUGAACGGACACGACUGUUCCUUACUGCUCACUGCAACAGCAAAAUUGACCAACUCGGAAGGCCCAACGGGGGCGAAAAACCCUGGGGACCACCAUCGUCGUACAGCCUCUCUGGGACGGUGCGGCAGUGGUAGAGACCCAAGAAGACCAGACGCUUACAAGAAG